CGCGUCUUAUUUGUUUAUCACGCGUGCGGUUUUUCAUUUAUGGGCGUGUCGUGUUUAGCAAAGACGUUUCUUAGCCAAACCCAUCCUCUACCUCGUGUUUUUUGCUCUAAAGUAACGAUUUUGCACAAAUGGAAGAGCUUUUAACGAAACAAAAGGAAGAAUAUAAAGAAUUCCAGUCGACUUUGGCGUCUAUGCGCCGUCAGGGAAAGUCUGGUAAUAAAAAGCAAAAAAAGCAGUUGAAUGAGAAAAUUGCUCAAUUGGAGUUAGAAUUCAAUCAAAAACAGCAUGAAGAGCGUCAAAAACUUCAAAAUGUGCUUGAUCCUGAGGAAUCAGCAGACGAACCGCUUUCUGCGGAUGCAUUACUGAGACAAAUGGAGAAGGUUAGUUUGUCGUCUCCUUCGGUUUCUUCUACUCCAAAAGCUGAUGCUGAAAACAAUGUAAAGCCCAGACGAAAUCGUCAAAAAGAGCGUCUGGAACGCCGUAAGGAACGAAUGGAAGCCGAAAUGAGAGAAGCUGAGCUUGCAAGUGCUAGCAUGGGAAAUCACAGAGGAAACGAAAUUACGAAAAUGAAGAAGCUUUUAGAGAGCCUAAAUUUAAAGGAAAAGGAUAUUCACACAGAUGGGCAUUGCCUUUUCGCAGCGAUAGCUGAUCAAAUGCAAGCGGUUUAUGGAAAAACUCUAGAGGUGAAGCAAUUACGAGAAAUGGCAGCAAAUUUUGUUGAGCAGAACGCCGACAACUUUGCUGCAUUUUUAUUUGAUGAGGAGACAAAUUCAGUGACACCUAUUGACAAGUAUUGUUCAGCAAUUCGCAAAACGGCAAAAUGGGGAGGCGAUGUUGAACUGCGCGCUCUUUGCAAUUCGCUCAAUGUACCCAUUAAAGUACUGUGUGCAGAUGCACCAACUAUUACUUUUACUCCAGAAACUGAGACGAACACUGUUGCGGACAAGAAACCACUUACUCUAUCUUACUAUCAACACCUGUAUGGUUUGGGCGCACAUUACAAUAGCGUUCAUGAAAUGAACGAUUGAGAUGCUCUUGUCAAAAUUACUUUGUCUCAUGUACAAUCGGUUACGUAUAAUUACCGCUUCUUUUUGCUAAAUUCUUCACUUGUCAUCUUUUUUGGCGAUUAUACUGACACUGAUGAAUUUGCCAAGUUGGUUUUCGAUCCUUGAGUAUCUAGAUCAAGAACUUGUUGAUGUAACUGGUAAAGUUAUUGGAGAUGAUUUUUGAACGAUACCCAAACACAUUUAAAGUAUUGUUUUGCUUGCCCCGUUUGAACAUUAGAAUUGAGGUUUAAUGGAUUUCACACUGAACUCUACUAUUGGACAUCUUCGAUGGGGUAGCAGAUUUCAAUUCGUGUAUCUCUUUGAAAAGGUUCAAUUACUACUACUAAAGUUACGGCACCUUCAAGAUACCACUAAAAUUACUGUCACUUGAACUGUGCUUAGUGUGAAAGCAUUGGAAGUCGAAAAUGCAGUUGAUACCAGUGCGUUGGAAGAAUUGAAGCGAUGAAAGGCAAACUCUGUUUUUUUGAAAAUUUAUAACGAAAUAUUCUCUUAGUGACUGUCCGACGUCUCUGGCUAACCGCACUUAAUGAAUUGACCUUUUGAUUGUUUGAAAAAGGACAUAUUCAAUCUACCAUCUAAUAGCUUAGUUUAAGCACUCACUCUACAUUAUCGUUUUUGCGAGCGCACCUUUGACCUUAUUUCUGAGAAUACGACCAGGGAUCGGGUUAAGUAUGCUUAUGUGAAAUAGGAGUUGCUUUUCAGUGCUAACGGAAGAAAGAUUAUAAAGCUCGAACGUUGUUAUUCAUCGUUAUUGUGUGCGGUCGGGAUAGAAAUUUACCAAUUGUUAGAAAAUGACUCUCACUUAGUCUAACUAAUUUUAUAAUUAAACGGUAAACACUAAAUAAACGGGUCCGUUAAAGUGUGUACGGUCCCAAACUGAAAAGUUGUUGGCAAUAAGCAAUAUAAUAACAAGGUCUUCAUUUUUUUCCUCA